AAAAUUCAUCGCUUAUAUCUCUAUUGAGUUUUCAAUUUUCUGAUAUAUGAGUAUCUUUACCUUGAAUUAUUAUCAAAAAUGAAAAAUAAUUAAAUAUACUUACUUGAUAAAAAAUAGCUACUUUUGUGACAGUCGCGGACUGCAAGUUUCACUGUGAACAGUGAUCAUGCGUGAACAAUGCACGCAAGAGUUCAAACCACCUUGUCUAUGCAGUUCUGCAAUCUGCAGUACACAGUACACUCUGCAGUUGCAGAUGAAAAGGUUUGCAGUCCAUGUAUAUAUAGCCGAUCUACUUUUGUUACAAAAACAUUCUAGAUGUUAACUGAUAUGAUAUAUUACAAAAAUGAGUAAAAAAGGUGGUUAUUACUGUGCUUUUAAAAAUUGCCGAGGUUUAUCUCGACGUGACAAGAGAAGUUUCUUUCGUUUUCCUAAAGAUCCAUUAAGAUCGAAAGAGUGGGUCAAAGCAUGUGACAGAAAUGACCUUUUAGAAAAAACACCACUGGAACUUUUUAAUAGUUAUAGAGUCUGUGCUAAGCAUUUUACAGAUUCAAUGUUUCUUAAUGAUUUAAGAAAUAGAUUGCAACCUAAUUCCAUACCAAUGCAUUUAGAGCUGACAGAGGAUUCAGAUGAUACUAUAAAUGCAAAUAAGACAAACGAUACAUUAACUGACAACCAUGAUCCUGUGACCAAUAUUUUAAGUAAUUGUGUAUUACAGAAAAUAUCUGCAGAUGAAUUUUACAAAGCAACUGGUAUACGCAUUAAUGAACCUGUAUCUGCAAUAAAAGCAACUGAAGAGUAUUUGGAAAAUUCAAGUCCAUUAGAUCAUGUUUACUCCAGUAUAAAAGUCAAUGAUUCAAUGAACUCCACUGCAAAUGAACUAGCUAUUAAUAUUGAUAAUGAAAGUUCUAAUGGGUUCCCUAUUGAAGCCUUAUCUUAUCAGGAUCUAAUAAAUUCAUUACCAUUAUCUCUUAUUAAUGGAACUGGUCCUGAAUCUCCUAUGGAAACAAGUGAAUUAUCUUUUCUUAUUUCAGAUAAAAAUGUAGAGGUAGAAAAGUUGCCAGAAGCUAUUUUAGACGGUCAAAAUAUUAACGAAGCAUUGACUAAUGUCUCAAAUACUUAUGAUACUUUAGGAGAAAUCAACGAAACAGAUUUAAAUAUUGUAAAAGGUAAAUCAGAAGAAGCUACUCAAACCGAAGUUGAUUUUUUAGAAAAUAAUUUAGACAAAACUAGUAUAAUUGAGUUUGAAAAAAUUAUUCAAAUUCAAUCUAACUUUGUGGGAAAAUCAAUAGAAAAUUCGACUCAAACUACAUCAAGCUAUAUAAAAGCUAGAUUGAAUAAUAAAAAGUUGAAAAAAUUAUUGAUAAGCAAAAAACAUGAAAUCAAACAAUUAAAACAGAAACUUCAAAAAAAUUAUAUAAAUAUUAUAGAUGAUAUUACUCUAGAACAAUUUCAAUUAUUAACACAAAAGUUUUUUCCUGCUGAGACUUCUGAUUUUAUUAAAAUUCAAGCUCAACUAUUUAAAGAAAAAGACAACAAACGAAACUUUACACUCGAUUUUAAAAAACAAUGCCUGUCAUUGUUUUUAGCUGGUCCAAAAAUAUAUAAGUAUUUGCAAAAAAUAUUUUGCUUACCUAAAGCACAUGACUUACGGAUUUGUAAAAUGAAUUCUGAUAGUAAAAUAAGUGUUCAUUAUUCUUCUUUAGUUGGUUUAAAAGCAGAGCUUCUUAAGAAGCAGGAAGAAGCAAAAGUGGCAAAGGCUAAGUUAGAAAAUAUAACGGCAAAAAAUAAAACAAAAAUAAAUGAAAAAGUUGUAAACAAAAAAGAGAAAAACGUAACGAAUGUAGAUAUUUCACAAGAAACUGAUGAUAUUGAAAGUAUGAAAACUUUAAAGAAAUCUCAAUUGAUGUUACAAGCAAAAUCUAGGUUAUACGAUAAAUUAUCAAAAACACGAACAAAUAUGAAUCCUAAUUUUCUUGUUGAUUUUGAACAUAAAUCUGAUGAUCCAUAUAAGUCAGAAGAGGAGGACUUUAACAAAAGUGACAACUUAAGUGAUGAUGAUUCUGAUAGUGAAUGGGCUGAAUACACAGAUUGCUUAGGACGAACAAGGAAAUGUCUUCGAGAAGAUUUACCUAAAAUGAAACAAAAAGAUGAAUCCUUGAGAAGAGACAUUUUUAAAGAACCACAUGAAAAUGUCCAAGAGCAGAUAUUUUAUGUUGAAGAUAGAACUCCAGAAAAAGAACCAGAAAUAGAAAUAAUGAGGAGAAAAUGGGAAGAACAAACUGCCAAAUUAGUCAACAAAGUUGAUAUUCACUACCAAGAUAUACUUUUUGAUGAAGCAAGAACACAUGGUGUUGGUUACUAUGCUUUUUCACAGGAUGAAAAAGAAAGGAAAAAGCAACAAGAAGAAUUAACUAAGUUGAGAAAAGAAACUGAACAAAAGCAAAAAGAAAAUGAAAGUAUACGAGAAGUGAAAGAAAAAAUGCAACAAAAUAGAUUGAGAGUGGCAAGAAUAAGGCAACGAAUAAGAGCAGGGCUCUCUGCUAAAGAAGCUGAAGAUGAAAUUAAUCAAGAAGAUGCCACAAAUCAUUUGCAAUCUGUAGAUAAUGAAAGUACGAAGAUAAUAAAUGAAAGUGGUACACCAAACACAAAUAUUCAAGAAACCAUAUUAGAUAAUUCUAUGAAGGAUAAUACACAAGAAAUAGCUAAAAAUGAGCUUACUGAUAAUGAAAGCAAAAUACAAGCAUUUGGAGAAUUGCUAGGCAAAAGAAAUAAGUGGUAUGUAAUGACUCAAGAAGAAUGGAUUAGCAAAAAGAGAAAAGAAAGAAUAGAAGAAUUUGCUCCAGAUUAUGGAAACUUCCAGCCUGGAGAAACUUUGAAUUUAAAUAAUACAUUUCAAAAUAAUGUUACACAUGAAGUAUUAGCAAGUCAUGAAAAUAAACAAGCCACUAGUUUCAUACCUGUUGAAGAAAAUGAAUUAUUCUCAGAUGAAUCUGACGUGAUAGGACCAAUACCUCCAUGUGAUUUAGAAACAAAUUCUAUAAAAGAUCCAGGAAUAAAUGAGCGAGUUGACAUUGUGAAUCAAGUGGAAGCUGGAUUGAAGUUUUUAAGACAGCAAUUUGAAAAUAAAUCUUCACAAUAGAUAUGCACAAUACAUUUAAUAAAAUAAUUUUUUAUCAGAGUGUAAAUAAUUUUUUAUAAAAGUAAUUCUUAUAUUGUAUAUUACAAUAAUACUGUAGUUGAAUACUUUAUAUUUAAUUAUAAGACUGUUAGUAACUAAUUUAUAUUGUUAAAAAAAAUGAUUGAAAUGAUAAAAUGA